UGAUAAACUAUUGCUUCAUUAAUUAAUAUAUAAAAUGAUUUAUAAACUGUCACUAGUUUUUUUGUUCUCAUAUCUGAGCGAUUGAAAUACAAAGACGCCUUCCAUAACAUCUUCGGCGGAGCUACCUCGCCUCUCCGUCUGUCUCGAUUGAUUGAUGACGACAAUACGUAGGUUUUGCUGCAACGACCUUCUUCGUUUUACAAAUGUCAAUCUUGACCAUCUCACUGAAACUUUUAAUAUGUCCUUCUACAUGACCUACCUAGCACGAUGGCCCGACUAUUUCCACCUCGCCCAAGGCCCCGGUAACCAUAUCAUGGGUUACAUUAUGGGUAAAGUUGAGGGGCAAGGUGAAUCUUGGCAUGGUCAUGUUACUGCAGUAACUGUUGCUCCCGACUAUCGCAGGCAACAGUUAGCAAAGAAACUAAUGAAUCUUCUCGAAGACAUCAGUGACAACAUUGACAAAGCCUAUUUUGUUGAUCUAUUUGUGAGAGCAUCAAAUGCACCAGCCAUCAAGAUGUAUGAAAAGCUUGGCUAUGUGAUUUAUCGACGAGUGCUCCGUUAUUAUUCUGGGGAAGAAGAUGGAUUGGAUAUGAGAAAGGCAUUAUCUCGUGAUGUUGAUAAGAAGUCCGUCAUCCCUCUUAAACGGCCUGUCACUCCUGAUGAGUUAGAGUACGACUAAAUUUUCAUUUUUUGAAACUAUGUUGUUGUUAUUGCAACUAUGUUGCAAGAGCUUAUUUUGUGCCUUGAAGCAAAUAUAUUUAUUACUUAUUGUAUGUUAUAUUUUGUUCUACUAUUAAUGAAACUCAUGAAAUUUAAAGUAGUGUC